AUGCUCGGCCGCGUGCUCAUCACCGGUCUCAACGGCUACAUCGCCGCGCACACCGCCGCCCUCUUCCUCAAGGCCGGGCAUAUUGUUCGCGGCACCGUCCGGUCGAGCGCCAACGCCGAAUUGGUUGUUCGCGCCCUCAGCAAGUUCCAUGACGGCAGCAAGUUGGAAGUCGUUACGGUACCCGACAUUACCUGCGAUGGGGCCUUCGACCGCGCCGUUGAAGACGUCCAAACCAUAGCACACCUAGCCAGCCCCGUCUCCAUGACCGUUACGGAGCCGGAGGCGAUGAUACGGGCGGCUGUCAAGGGCACUACGUCGCUCCUCGUGUCAGCCGUAAGGGAGUACCGGCGGAAUUCCGGGAGAGGUGUGCUGAAGACGGUGAUUUUCAUGUCCUCCAUCAGCGCCGUCUUUGACCCUACCUCGCCGAGCACGCGUGUCUUCACCGACAGCAGCUGGAACCAGCAUGCCGAGGCGGCCACGCCGCAGGUACUGAAGAGGCUGAAGGAGCAGGGGCCCGGAUCUGACGACCCAGCCUUGGGGUAUCUGUUCUACCAGGCCACCAAGGUAGCUGCCGAAAGGGCGUUCUGGCGGUUCGCGCAGGAGAUCAUAUUCCCAUUGGACAUGAUAGCCUUCUGUCCUGCUCCUGUCCUGGGCCCGCCGCUCUACCUCCCGGAGUCUAUCUCGAAGCUCAGCAUGCGUGUCAGGGACAUCUACGACAUCUUGCACGGCGGCCCGAUACCCGAGCCGAGCCCCGUCACGAGUACCUUUGUUGACGUGCGUGAUGUGGCCCAGCUGGUGUUCAACGCGGCCGAAGACGCCGAUCCAGGCUUACUUCGGCGUCAUCGGUAUUUGGUAGUGGGACAAUCGCCCGUCUCGCCCCAAGCGAUAGCCAACGUCCUGCGGGAGAAGUAUCCGGAGCGACAGGACACGAUCAGGGAGGGGAAUCCAAACUGGCUAACUCCUCUGAGCCAAAGACCGGCGUUCGACGUCAGGAUGGCGAGGGAACUGCUGGGCAGAGAGUCGAUCGGGUUUCGGCAGAGCGUCGUGGACAGUGCAGAGGUCUUUCUGGCGGCAGAGGAGGCCUGA